UCAUCUUUAAAUUGAUUCUUCAUGAAAAAUCGUCUGGUGUGGUAUCCAAGCAUCAUCUUUAAAUUGAUUCUCCAUGAAAAAUCGUCUGAUGUGGUCUCCAAGCAUCAUCUUUAAAUUGAUUCUCCAUGAAAAAUCGUCCGGUCAAUGCAGUGAUGGAUUUUUUAAACUGACAAGCUCGGCUUCGAGUGAUGAGUCCCAUGAACAUUUUAAUGUUUGAAAAUUGGACGACCUCGUCACCAUCCCGUACAAAUCUACGAGAAUCUAUCUGCCUCUCUCUCUCUUUCUCUCUCUCUCUCUCUCUAUAUAUAUAUAUAUAUAUAUAUAUAUUAGAAGCAUUCUUAUAUCAAACUAAGCUAGGUAUCUUGACACACAUUUUGAAUAUUCACACACACAAACACAGAAAGUCUACAUUGCUGUUCUCCAUGGCCCCUGUAGCUUUCCUUCCCAUUAUCUUCUUCUUCCUAUGCCUAAUGCCACGUCACUCCCAUGCCCAAUCUUGGUCUCAAGCUCACGCCACCUUCUACGGCGGCGCCGACGCUUCUGGCACCAUGGGUGGAGCGUGUGGGUAUGGGAAUUUGUACAGCGAAGGGUACGGUACAAACACUGCAGCUCUGAGUACAACCCUGUUCAACAACGGGCAGACCUGCGGAGCCUGCUUCGAGCUCAAAUGCGUCGACGACCAGAAAUGGUGUCUCCAGAAGUCCAUCGUCGUCACCGCCACCAACUUCUGCCCCCCCAACGCCGCCCUGCGCGGCGACGCCGGCGGGUGGUGCAACCCCCCCAACCACCACUUCGACCUCUCCCAGCCCGUCUUCCAGCAGAUCGCCAAGUACCAGGCUGGCAUCGUCCCCGUCCUCUACAGAAGGGUUCUGUGUCGGAAGAGGGGGGGCAUAAAGUUCCUCAUUAACGGGCACUCGUACUUCAACCUUGUCCUGAUCAGCAACGUGGGCGGCGCCGGCGACGUCCGGUCGGUGGCGAUCAAAGGUUCGAGGACUGACUGGGAACCGAUGUCUCGAAAUUGGGGGCAAAAUUGGCAAACGAAUUCUAAUCUGGAGGGGCAAGCGCUGUCGUUCAAGGUGACCGCCGGCGACGGCCGCACCGUCGUCUGCGACGGCGUCGUUCCCACCGGGUGGUCGUUCGGGCAAACCUUCGUGGGAGGACAGUUCAGUUGAGAGUAUGAUGUAUGUUUACAGUAUAUAUAUAGUAUAGUGCGGUGGGCAUAGAUACAAGAUAUUAUAUGUAUGUAGAGUGUGCGAGUAGAUUGCGUAGGAAUUGAGAGAGAGCUUGUUGAUUAUUUAUUUCACGAGUGGCUCUCUUACGGCUAAUUAGGUUUAUUUAUGGUUAUGUUUAAUAUAAAAUUUUGGUAUAUAAUCAAUUUUUUA